CGUUUUAAAAUAACAAUAAUUAAUUAAUGAUGAGAUAUAUAAAUAUAAAUAAUAAUAAUAAGGCAGGCAAGCGAGCAACGCCAACAACGCCCGGCGGAAAAGAAUAAUAAAAAUAUAGGUUGAAAGAAAAGGAGAAGGAAAAAAAGUUGGUAUAAAAGGUGGGGGGGCUUUUCCAUUGGAGGAGAUUCGGCGGAUGGUUGGAAAGGGCGGUUGAGCAAAAGCCGCCGCGAGCCAUGACCACUGCAUCCUCCCCCUGCUGCUGCUGCUGCUGCUGCUGCUGCUGCGACCUCUCUCCUUCUCCUUCUUCUUCUUCUUAGAUUCCGCCUCGAGCAGUCUAGCUUGCGUUUCGAAUUCGAAGCCCCUUUCUCUCUUUUUCUCUCUGUAUGGCGUCGGGAUUCCCGGGACGCGAUUCUCGCGGAAGCUACGCGGGGUUCGGGGGCGGAUCGGCCGUUCAAAUCCCGUUCCAGGGCCGAUCGGACGGCGGAGGGGGAGGGGGAGGGGCAGGGGUUUUGAAGCGGACGCUGUCGGAGAUGGAGCGGCGGCAGCAGCAGAUGGCGCUGCAGCAGGCGCUCUUCCUGCGCUCCGUGAAGCAGAAGAUCCACAUGGCUUCGCCGCUCUCGUCCGACCUCGGGAGUCUCACCUCCCCCUCCUCGAUUUCUUCCGGAUGCCUAGUUCAGGGCGGUCCGCAGAGGGGUUGGCAUCCGGCCGCGUUGGAGUCCGAUCGUAACCCUAAGGCGGCGACCGAGUCCGCGAUGCGGAACCAGCUCCACGAGCUCGAGCGGCGGCUGCUCGGCGACGACGAGGAGGAGUUAGAGGAGGCCACCGCGUCGGGCUCCGCCGUGACCGGCUCCGAGUGGGGCGAAACGAUGCGGCAGCUCAUCUCGAUCUCGGCCGCCCCUUCGCCUUCGUCGUUGCCGCCGCCGCCGCCGCCGAUGGCGAAUCAGAGCAACCCCCUUUCCCCCUCCCCCUCCCCCUCCAACUCCUCCUCCUCCAACUCCACGGCCUCCUCCACCGCUUCGUGCUCCACGCCUCCCCCCUCCAACCCCUCGCGGCAGCUCCUCUCCGACGCGGCCGCCGCCGUGGCCGAGGGCAACCUCGCCGCCGCCGCCGCGAGCCUCGCGGCGGUGCGGCGCGCGGCGAGCCCGCGCGGCGAUGCGGAGCAGCGGCUCGCCGCGAUGAUGGCCGCGGCGCUCGCGUCGCGCCUGGACCCGCCGGCGCCCUCCGGCGCCCACCCGGCCGCGGAUCUCUUCGCGGCGGAGCACCGCUUCGCGACGCAGCUGCUCCACGACGCCUCCCCCUGCUUCAAGCUCGGCCUCGCGGUCGCCAACCUCGCCAUCCUCGAGGCCGCCCGCGGCCACCCGAAGCUCCACGUCGUCGACUUCGACGUCGGCAGCGGCGCGCAGCACGCCGAGCUGAUC